AUGGUGUAUGUGUUCCCAAUUGAGCGUAAUAGCCAGAAGGCUUUAAUUGGAUGCGCUGUUGUUUUCUCAUUGCUACCGGUGAUUGCGGUCGUUCUGCGAAUAGUGGCGCGGUCGAGACUCAAGAAUUUUUCUCUUGAUCUGAGCGACUGGCUCAUUAUCUUGGCAUGUAUCGUUGCAGUUGCGUAUCAAGGCCUCGCAGUCGCUUGCGCUGUGGUUGGGGGGGUGGGAUACCACACGACUGAAGUCGUUGCGAUGGGAGGACCGGAUUCGUUCACCCUUCUCAUGAAGCUUGUAACCGUGAUCGUGGUCUUCUGGUCGCUCAGUCUUGGGUUAACAAAAAUAUCCAUCCUCGCCUUGUACGCCAAGAUCUUCUCUAUUAGGAGCUUUAUUCUCCUCAGUCAAGCCUGCGCCAUAUUCGUUAUGAUAUGGGCCAUGGUCCUGUUUAUCGGGGCCUUUGUCAUAUGUACACCCGUUCAGUUCAACUGGGACAAAUUCUCAACUGUGGGAACCUGUGGUGACAUCAGGAUGUUGUGGGCCAUAACUGGAGGGCUUAACAUCUUCUCUGACAUGGUCAUCAUGCUCCUCCCCAUGCCAUAUCUUUACAGCCUAUCGCUACAACUAUACAAAAAGAUUGGAUUAAUGGUGACCUUUGGGAUCGGGCUUGCAGUCUGCAUUGUAAGCGCUGUCCGACUCGCCGAGAUUACCCAAAUCAACAUGGACGACUUCCCAUAUUCCGGCGGUAUAGCACUCGCGUUCAGCGCAUUGGAACCCUGUCUGCUAGUAACUGCAGCAUGUAUCCCGCUUCUCCGCCCAUUGGUAUCUCGAAAUCCGUCUACAGCUGAGACCAGUAGCUACGCUAGAGGCAAUACAAAUGGCGAUAACAGAGCUCAUCCUGCUUCUAAGACAGAGGGUUUCUCGGAACUCCUAGACGAAGAUAGCUCGACAAGACGACUACAUAUAGGACAGUCUAAAUUUGGUGCUGGGGCAGCUACUACAGCAGAUAUUACAAAAGACUGGAAGGUUGAAGAACAUACUAUCUGA